GGAUUUUCUGUCCACAACUCUCACACUCUAACCGGCUUGAAUUGCAGCCACACAUCGCCUUCUUUGUUUUGUGAGAUGUGGGGCUGCAAUGUACCGCGUGGGCAAAAUGCGGGAGAGAAAGUGAGUAGGAAAUCUGGAUUCUGCCUACCGCAAGUGCCUUUGGCACUCUAAUACUCUCUUGGCCUCCUUGUGGCUGUCCUCAACCGUCAAGGCGUCAACAGUUCACCGAGAAGAACGAGGGAAAAAAGAAGAGGGAAGGAAAAAGCUCACUCUUUUCAUGGGUUGCCUGGGGACAAUAUCCUAUACCUUCUUUUUACUGAGCUAUUCGUCUAGAAAUCCUAUUCGUAGUGGCCCAGAAGGCUUUCAGUUUUCGAGAGCUUUGAAAUCUUCUUCACGAAGUAUGUAUCGGGGAUUGUCACUCAGAACUUCUAUGGGUGAAGAAACUGCAGCUUCCAUGGCAAGGCAGGACGAAAGGCCUUCAAGGGGAAUUGAGUGCUCUGUACGGAAAGUUCCACAUGUCUUGACCGUCGCCGGCUCCGACUCUGGAGCUGGUGCUGGAAUUCAAGCUGAUCUCAAGGCAUGUGGGGCGCUUGGAGUGUAUUGCUCCACUGUCAUUACUGCGGUCACCGCGCAGAACACAGUCGGAGUUCAGGGAGUUCAUCAUGUGCCCGAGGAAUUUGUAGGAGAACAGUUGAAAUCGGUCCUAUCUGAUAUGCAUGUUGAUGUGUUGAACAUAGGGAAUAUGUUACUCCUUGGUGCAGUUUUGAACUGCUGUGUUCUGGAAAUGCUCAGGUUAAAACAGGAAUGCUUCCUACUAUUGAGGUUGUCAAUGUUUUAUGUCAAAAACUCAAGGAAUUUCCAGUUCAAGGCAGCUUUGGUGGUUGAUCCGGUCAUGGUGUCUACAAGUGGUGAUGUAUUGGCUGCUCCUUCCAUACUUUCUGUAUUUCGGGAGGAACUUCUUCCAAUGGCUGAUAUUGUGACCCCAAAUUUGAAGGAAGCAUCUGCUUUGUUAGGUGGUGUGCAGUUGGAAACAGUCUCUGACAUGUAUUCUGCUGCAAAAUCAAUACAAAGUCUGGGCCCAAGAAACGUACUUGUCAAGGGUGGUGAUCUCCCAGCUUCAAAGGAUGCUGUUGAUAUAUUCUUUGAUGGAGAGCAUUUCCAUGAGCUACGUGCAUCACGCAUAAAAACUUGUAAUACUCAUGGAACUGGUUGCACUUUGGCAUCAUGCAUAGCCGCUGAGUUAGCUAAAGGUUCUUCAAUGCUACCAGCUGUUAAGGUAGCUAAACGCUUUGUUGAGGUUGCCCUUGAUUAUAGCAAAGAUAUUAUCAUUGGAAAUGGGUUCCAAGGACCUUUUGAUCACCUAUUCAAGCUAAGUAGAGUGUGCAAUUCAUGCAAGGGGCAAAGGUUCAAACCAAGUGACCUGUUCUUAUAUGCUGUUACAGAUUCAGGGAUGAAUAAGAAGUGGGGUCAUUCAAUUACAGAUGUUGUUAAAGCUGCCAUAGAAGGAGGUGCCACAAUUGUCCAGUUAAGAGAAAAGGUUGCUGAAACAAGGGAUUUUUUCAAGACAGCCGAGGAAUGUUUAGAAAUGUGUCGUUCCUAUGGUGUGCCUCUACUGAUAAAUGAUCGAGUAGAUGUUGCCCUUGCUAUUGAUGCUGAUGGCGUGCAUAUUGGCCAAUCUGACAUGCCAGCACGUGUUGCUCGCAUACUUCUAGGGCCAGAGAAGAUUAUUGGGGUCUCAUGCAAGACCCCAGAGCAAGCAGAACAAGCAUGGCUUGAUGGUGCUGAUUAUAUUGGCUGUGGUGGAGUCUUUCCAACAACCACAAAAGAAAACAACCUCACUAUUGGUUUAGAAGGGUUGAAAACUGUGUGUUUGGCUUCUAAGUUACCUGUGGUUGCCAUCGGUGGCAUUGGUGUUGGAAAUGCUCAUUCUGUUAUGAAAAUUGGCAUUCCUAGUUUAAAAGGUGUAGCUGUUGUGUCAGCUUUGUUUGAUCGUGAAUGUGUUACCACUGCUACAAAGAUGCUACAUUCAGUACUAAUGGAUGUUGUUUCAACACCAAAUUGAAUAAGAGAGAAGUCUAUAAUGAAUAUAUCAGGUAGAACGGGGAUUUUCGAGGGAACUUUUUAACAACCAAAGUGGAUUAUGGAAUAUGGUAAUUCCUUGAACUAGAACGGGGAUAAUCUUUGAACAGUUUGACUUUAUUGAAACAGAAUGCAUUAUGGUUUCUCAA